CUGUCCUGUGGGUUUUCUCUUUGCAGCAUUUGGCUGAAACACUUUAAAAAGGCAGAAUUAUCUGGCUUACAAAUAAGGAUGAAACACACUUUAUAUUACGUACUGGACAUACCGAUACUUCUGAACCGUGCCGUGACCUUUGUAGACAAAAAAAUCUGUUGCGCAACAAAAAUUGGCAAAAUUCGGAUCUCUUGUGUCAAAUGUUCAACAUUUACUUUAGUGUGGAUCAUCUUCGUCUGCUGUGGACAUGCUCAAGUUUCCAACAAGGUUUUUGUGACUCAACGGCCAAACUGGCCUCAGAUGUUCAGUGGUGAGUCGAUCACUCUGACAUGUGAGGUCCAGGGAGGAGAAACCACUGGGUGGACGUACGAAUGGAGGAGAGAUGGGUCGUUCAUACACAGGACACAGAAAAAAAACUUGACUUUCAGUGUUUCUGAGUCCAGCGGAGGAGAUUACAGGUGUCUGGGUUUUCUCAAAGAUGACUGGCUUUCUUCGACAGAGUGGAGUGAACCCAUCUCACUGUCAGUGUUACGUAAACCAAAGGCCCAUCUGACUAUGGGCAGCACAGAGCUGCCAGUAGGAGGCAACGUGAUACUAACCUGCUCACUAAACACAUCGUCACCGUUUAGUUUGAAAUAUUUCUGGUACCGAGGAGAAAAAUCAUCAGAGCCUGUGAGCUCGCAAGAUGCUGAUUUCCUUUCAAAUGGACAAAUGAGCGUCUCAGAGGAAGGACUGUACUGGUGCAGAGGAGGAAGAGGAGAACCAGUUUACUACACGGACUACAGUGAUCACGUCAAUAUCACUAAGAACUUAUCCGUUGAGUCCGGCGGUCCAGUCGGCUCUUUGUUGCUCGUGCUGCUGGUUGUUGCUCUCCUUGGUGGAAUCAGUCUAAUUAUUCUGCUGCUCUUGUUUUGGCGCAGCAGACAGACGAAAGAUAAAUCCGACACUGUUUACUCCCUGGCUGAAUUAAAAACCUCUGGGACAAAGAGGAGUCCUCCUGAUCCAGAAGAGGGCGCUCUUUGGUCACAUGUGAAAACACAAGCUAUAGGACUUUCUGUUGGUCCAGAAGUGAACACUGUUUACGCCAAGGUGAAAAAAGGAGCUACAGAACUUCCUGUUGAUCCAGAAGAGGUCGCUGUUUAUGCUAAUGUGAAAAAAGGAGCUAUAGAUAAAUCCAUAGACACUGUGUACUCCCUGACUGAAAUGAAAAACUUUGGGACGAUGAAAGAUCCACAUGAUCCACAAGAGGGCGCUGUUGGCUCCGACAUGAAAACAGGUUUCAGACGGCUCCAUUUCUCUAGAGACGUUGCAGAGGCAGCAUGUUAUGAAAGGAAGAUUAUUGGACCAAAGCAGAGCAACACAUGGUUCCAGGUUGAGGUCAGGAUGGGGAACACCUCACCCAGGGUUCUGGUCUCACUCUUGCUGAACACACUGCUCUGCUGUGGACAAACUCUUGACAGACCCAUGGCCACAUUGACAGCAGGUUCAACAACCAUACCAGUAGGGGGCAGUGUGAUACUGAGCUGCUCAGUGGAGCCCUCUGCUGGAUGGAAGUACAGAUGGUUCAGACGGACCUCAGUCACUUCUUUUGUUGAAUUCAACACAAAUAAUGAAGAAAACAGAGAAAUCACUGUGACACAAGGAGGAAUCUAUAAGUGUGAUGGAAAGAGAGGAAAUCCCUCAUUCUACAGUCAUUCAAGCCUUGAGAACAUCAUUGAAAUAAUGUUUUCCAACAAGGUUUUUGUGACUCGACAACCAAACUGGCCUCAGAUGUUCAGUGGUGAGUCGAUCACUCUGACAUGUGAGGUCCAGGGAGGAGGAACCACUGAGUGGACGUGUGAAUGGAGGAGAUCUGGGUCAAUAAUACACAAGACAGACAGUAAAGACUGGACUUUCAUUGUCUCUGAGUCCAGCAGUGGAAACUACACAUGUCAGUGUAGAAGCAGAGAUGACUGGUAUUCUUCAACACAGAGGAGUGAAACCAUCAGACUGUCUGUAUCAAGAGAUAAACCUGGAGCCAAACUGACAGCAGGUUCAUCAACCAUACCAGUAGGGGGCAGUGUGACACUGAGCUGCUCAGUGGAGCCCUCUGCUGGAUGGAAGUACAAAUGGUUCAGGCGGACCUCAGAUUCUUCUUUUGUUGAAUUCAGCAGAAAUAAUGAAGAAAACAGAGAAAUCACUGUGACACAAGGAGGAAUCUAUAAGUGUGAUGGAAAGAGAGGAAAUCCCUCAUUCUACAGUCAUUCAAGCCUUGAGAACAUCAUUGAAAUAAUGUUUUCCAACAAGGUUUUUGUGACUCGACAACCAAACGGUUCUCAUAUCUUCAGUGGUGAGUCGAUCACUCUGACAUGUGAGGUCCAGGGAGGAGAAACCACUGAGUGGACGUGUGAAUGGAGGAGAUCUGGGUCAAUAAUACAGUGGACAGACAGUAAAGACUGGACUUUCAAUGUCUCUGAGUCCAGCAGUGGAAACUACAUGUGUCAGUGUAGAAUCAGAGAUGACUGGUAUUCUUCAACACAGUGGAGUGAAACCAUAACAGUAACUGUAUCCAGUCCUGUCAUCUCUUCAUUUCCUGUGAUGUUGAUCGUUGGACCAGUUAGUGGAAUCGUUCUCAUUGUCCUCCUGCUCUUGUUGUGGCGCUGCAGACGGUCCAAAGAUUUGAGCUGCAUCAGGUCAUUUCAGUCUGAAAGCAGCAGCCAGAGGCCGACCACUAAUCAUGGAGUGAACCAGACUGAAAGUGAUUACAGCUUUCUGCUGCAUGAUAAAUCCAUAAACACUGUGUACUCCCAGAUUGAAGGGAAAAAUGUUGGGACGAUGAAAGAUCCACAUGAUCCACAAGAGGGCGCUGUUGGCUCCGACAUGAAAACAGGUACAGUUAGUUCUAGCUGUCUUGCUUUGUUUUUACUGUAACUUGUCCUCAUGCUAUUAGACUUAUUUUAAUUACAUGUAGUGGUAUAGAAAUAUGUAUAUUUCUACACAAACAG